AUGGGUCGAAUCCCAAACCCUACCUGUCUGCUCAUUGUAAUUUCCAUCCUCCUCUUCUCCCCAACCUCAAACUCAGAAGAACAGGAAGGCGUCAAGAAAUCCCUAAUCCGUUUCGUACAAAAGCUGUCAGGAGGAAACAAAGCCAUCAGCAAGCGCUGGAACAUGACCUCCGACGCGUGCGAAUGGGUCGGGGUCACGUGCGACCCCAACACCGGGCUCGUCUGGACCGUCGUCCUGGAAGGGCUGAACCUCAGUGGAACCCUGGACGCGGCCUCGGCUUGCAGGGCCGAGUCGCUUCUCGUCCUGAAGCUGAAGAACAACAACCUGACAGGGUCCAUCCCUAGUGGGAUCGGAAACUGCCACAGUCUCAUCUGGUUGGACCUGAGCGGAAACCGGUUCACCGGUUCGGUUCCCGAUACGGUUGCAAACAUGACUACUCUGUUGCAGCUCGAAAUUUCGGGCAAUCGGCUGACAGGGGAGGUUCCUGACCUGAGCAGGCUGAUGCUUCUCCGAAACUUUCUUGCUCAGGAAAAUCGGCUCCGCGGGUCGGUGCCGGUAAUGAAUUUUGACAGUCUGCAGGGUUUCAAUGUGUCGGACAACAGGUUUCAGGGCAGGAUUCCUGACGGGGCGGGGAAGUUUGGAGCUGACAGCUUUUUGGGGAAUUCUGGAUUGUGCGGAGCUCCCUUGCCAAAUGCUUGCUCCGACGACGCGGGCUCGCCUGCCGUGGCCGCGGCGGCCCCUGCUGGUCCGAUUGAUCCGCCGACGGUGGAUGUCAGCGGAGGGGUUGAAGUUCAGGGAAAUGGGAUUCUGAUGCUGUUGGUUUGGGGUUGUUUUUCCCUUCUUGUUUAG